AUGGCACGUUUCGCGUCAAGCUCGUCGCCCAAUCCGUCCGUUCCCGUCGACGAAGACCGGGCGGGGCAAUGUGACGGCGGCGAUGAGGAUUACGGGGGGAUCUGUGCGGAGGGCGGAGCGGAGAUGUUGGCGGAGGAAGGGAGAGCUGGCGGAGAGGGUUCGGGGACUGAGGGAGCGCGGGACAGCAGCGGCAACAGCAGCAACGGCAGCAGCCAUGGGAGCUCGGCGGACGACGACAGAGGGCUGCGCGGCCUCUUGCGCCAUUGCCGCCCGCGGAGCAGGCGCGCAAGCAACACGCGCGCCGACGAGAGCAUUGCCAGUGGCGCGGAGGGCGGAGAGGGGAAGGCGACCGCGGCGGGGGCUCCGCUGAAGCGCAGCUUGACAGCAGAUGCGACGGGGAAGAGCAUGGCGCGGGUUGCGUUCAACAGUUCGACGGCGGAGAGUUUGGCGCGGUCGGCGAGCGAUGUGCUGCAGGACGUGGCGAUGGACGAGAUGGACAGAGAGGUGCUGCAAGAGGCGUUUGCGCGCGUGGUGGCGCUGCAGCAGCGCGUGCAGCACUACCGCGACCUGGGCGGGUUCAUGGUGCUCAUGGCGCUCUUCAUCACCAUCCUCUACCUCCAGGCCGACUCCUCCCGCAGCUACGAAAUCACCGCCGCGCACGCAGUGCUCUUCCCCCCCGGCAUGCAGCAGGACGCCUCCAACACCUUCGCUGGUCCGGAUGACUUCUACAGUUGGCUCAACACCAGCAUCGUGCAGAGUCUGUGGAUGGACCCCACCUGUGGCGACGGCUCGUGUCACCGCCCCUUCCAGUUCCCCGCGUUUGGCCGCUUUGGUUGUGAGGCGGACUGUGGCACGUUCCCCAACCUCACCUCAGUGGUUGUCAGUUUCUCCUCUCACCUCGACAUGCAUCAGGCUGAGGACGAGUCUUCUUGGAACCUCUGCAUGGUCAACCCGGUCUCCCUCUGCUGGUACGAGUCAUUCCAGCCAUUCCCGCGCGGUGAUGCGGAGGUGUCAGUGGCGGUGGACAUUCCGGACGGCGACUGGGUGGUGGUGCUCAACGCGCCCGCGGGGGGCAUCCGCGGCACCGUGCACGCGCCCCCUCCCGGCACGCGCCGCUUCUCCGUCGUCGGCGCCGCCUCCACCAUUGAGCUCGCCGCGUGGGGCUACUGUACGCACGACGAUGACGUGGAUGCAGCCAAUCAGGCGCAGCCCAGUGGCGGCGCUGCUGGUUCUGCACCUGAUAUCUGUCGUGAUACAUGUGAGAGGCUGGUGGCCUGCCUGCCAGCAACCUGUGGGCGAGCAUUCACGGAGAGGGAGGUGGCAGGGGCGUUCGUGGACUGUGCGCGCAUGUGCAUCGUUGCACCCUCCUCCAUCACUACCUAUGCCAACUCUUCCUGUCCCAUGGUGAGCUUCCUGCCCCAUGGUGCGCUCCAUGCCCCAUGGUGCGCUCCAUGCCCCAUGGUGCGCUCCAUGCCCCAUGGUGCGCUCCAUGCCCCAUGGUGCGCUCCAUGCCCCCUGGUGCGCUCCAUGCCCCAUGGUGCGCUCCCUGCCCCAUGCUGCGCCCCUUGCCCCAAGGUGCGUUCCUUGCCCCAUGGGCUCUUCUCGUUCUCACUGUCCGUCAUCCCAGGCCAGGGCUCUUCUCGUUCUCACAUGCUCCCUCGCUCCCCUAUCCGCUGCCGCCUGCAGUCUGACAUCGCAACACUCUUCUCCAAAACCCCCUGCAACGUUUCAGCAGUCAACGCCACGGCUCACAUCUCUCACCUCGCCCGCCGCAAGGUGCUCCCACCCCCAUCGCUUGCUGCCCGCCCUUUGCUUGCUAUUCCUUGUGGCCUCCUGCUCCUCUUUUCCUCAUGCUCCCUUCACCGACUCACAGCGCUGCAGGUGGCGGUGUCGCGAGCACUCUUCACCAUGGCCAAGGACCGCUGCCUGGCCGGCCGUGCUCCGGGAGCAGAGGCGAGGCAAGUGGCAGGAGAGAGCAAGCACACGCUGAAGGGGCCGGGCAGCGUGAGGUGGCGGAUAGUGGCAUGCCUGUGCACGAUGCUGGGGGGCCCUGCCACAACUUUAGAUGAGUGCCGAUUCACGGAUGAAGCAGGGGAGAAAGUGGUGGUAGACGGUGACAUGUACGCGUACCUGCAGCGCACGCAUGUGAGCGGCGGGCGUGUCAUCUCAGCGCAGCACAUGCGGCGCUUCGUGCAAACCAUGGUGGCGGCUCUGCGGUCCGUGACGCCCAUGGCGGACGCGGCUGCUGCUCGUCUUUACACGCUCAUGCACUCCUUCGACGAUGCCAUCGUCACCUCCGACACUGUCGGCUGCUCGCAAGGCGGAGCGUGGCUGCCGUGGCGGGCGGGUGUGAAGCACAACACGACCAUCCAUGUGGGUGACAAGGUCACCUGGGUGUGGGAUGACGACCUCCCACACUCACUCCGAGUGUCCGGGAUGGGUGACGCAGACGAACCGCUGUUUUUCGGAUUCGGAGGGAACCGCUUCACCGUGUCACGGCAGAUGGCAUGCACUUUCAUGAAUGUGGGCGCUGGCGACAGGAGCGACGACCCCGUGCCGUGCGUGCUAAGGAUGGAUGACGAGCCUCCCGGUUCCUUUGCGUACAGCAAGGUGUUUGCAGAGCCCAUCACCAUCCACUACCAGGACGGCUCCCUGUCAGGCACCACUGCCGAAUUCCUCUCUUCCUCCGCCUCCUCCUCCUCCUCCUCCUCCACCCCCACCCCCACCUCCAUGUCCACCAGUAUUCUCACAGUGCUGCCUGCCAGGGCUGCGGUGGAUGCUGCUGGUUUUGUCAAUGCCACCACCGCUGCCCCCACCAACACCACCACAGCCCCCCCUGUAGCCGUGGCAGCGCACGAGUGCUCGCCGGGGUGCCGGCUGCAGCGGCUGGCGAACGGGGUGUGCGAUGCGGCGUGCAACACGCCCGCGUGCGCCUUUGACGGCGGCGACUGCGCGUGUGUCGACCCGCUCUUCGGCCCCGGCAUCUGCGCCUGCCCGCCCGGCCACACCCGCCGCGACGAUGGCUCAUGCUGUCUAUCCACGGCGGUGGGCGCCAAUCUCAACUUCCCCUUCUCACUGCAGCGCUACGGCCCCAACUACACGGAGAGCAACUUCGCCUUUGCGGCAGAGAGGGGUUUUGCUGCCAACCGUUAUGUGUCACACCGCAACCGUCUGCUGAUCGGCAUGGUGCUGCAUCAGGAGCGGUGGGGCACGCAGCAGUGCAGCGGACCUGGGCUGCUGCACCUGGCGGGGUGGUGCAGCAACGGCACGUCCAGGGAGUCGUUUGGAGUGAACCCGCACUUCCUGCCCACAUCGGCCAUCUACGACAGCGCUGCCAGCGCCAACAUGAGCCAGCUCGACAACAGCAACUUUGGCUUCCAACUGCUCUUCAAUCCCCAGGGCCUCCCCUACGGCUUCAUCUACCCCAUGGAGUCACUAACCACCUACCCUUUGGUGUUUGACAUUAAUCUCGAUAAUGAAGCGGCCACAAGGCGCCUACAGUACCUUGUGGAUGGCAGCUACAUUGACAAUGGCACGCGCAGCGUCGACAUCAACUUCAUCACCUUCAACGGCGAGACGCUCACGUUCGUGCUGACAACUGUGAGGUGCACAAUGAAUGCUGGAGGCAGCAUGACUGUAUCGAUCAAGUCCCAGCCGGCAGCCAUGGCGAUGUACGAUGCAUCGGCCGACAACAUCGCACGGCUGGUGCUGGAGGUGGUGUAUCUGGUGGGGCUGCUCUGGAAUGUGUGUGGCGAGCUGCAGGAGAUGGCCGACUGCGCUGCCAGGGAUGGCUCUGUGCUCAGCUAUUUUGGGCAAGCAUGGAACUGGGUCGACAUGCUCUCUCUCUCGCUGCAAGCCAUCGCCGUCGGCCUUUGGGUGGUGCUGUGGCGGUACGUGGAAGCAUUUGACAUGCAGCCACGCUACGACAUCUACUACACGCUGCUCGAGAUGCCACGCUACUGGGCCGUGCCCAACCCGCCCACGGGCUUCAUCAGCGCCACUCAGGCCUUCGCUGAUCUGCGCAACAUCAUCAACCUCCGCGCCGUCUACUUCGCCCUCCAGGGCAUCAAUGUUUUCUUCAUGAUGACACGCCUGCUCAAAGUCAUGGACUUCCAGCCGUACCUUGGAGUCAUCACUCGCUCUCUUGCCCUCGCCACGCCCUCGCUGCUGCACUUCUUCCUGCUCUCCUUUACGGUCUUCUUCUGCUUCAGCAUGUAUGCCUACCUCGUCUUUGGAGGCGCAAUGGAGCUGUUCUCCACAGUACUCAACUCCAUGUUCUCGUGCUUCCUGCUACUGCUCAAUGACAACGGGUCGGCCUACUUCUUGCAGCGCCUGGAGUCGUGGGACCUGAUCGCUGCGAUGCUCUUCUUCUUCAUGUUCAUUGUCUUCAUGGUCUUCAUCCUCCUCAACUUCCUCAUCGCCAUUAUCGUCGAUGCCUUCAUGGAUGUCAAGGAUAGCAACAUUGUCGCCACCUCUAUAGCCACUGACCUCGCUCACAUCAUCAAGUACAAGUGGAACUGCUGGCGCGGCCGCUACUUGCCGUACCGCAUCAUUCUCGACCGCCUUGUGGAGUUGGGCGCCAGGGACACCCGCGUGAAGGAGGCGGACCCUCGGAUGCAGCGCGUCAAGUCCAUCCAACGGCGGGUAGGCUCUGUGAUCGGGGGGAAGCUUGGCAGCGGCCACAAGGCGUCACCCUUCGCCCGGUCAGACAACCACCCCGCCUUCCCGCCCGCCGCCAGCGAGUCCCGGGCGCGGCGGCAGCACGUGCUGACAGUGAGGGAGAAGCGCAUCGACGCCAUCUCACUCGCCAUGAUCCUGCAGCGCCGCCAGGAGAACGAGUCAGCCUUCCAAUCCUCCUUCCGCCCCCCCCGCCGUUCCCUCCCUCCACGGUCCACCUUCUCCCCCGUCACCACUCCCCUUUCCCCCGCUCUUCCUCAGGCAAAGAGGAUCCGCCAAUCCGCACCUGCCACGUCAUCCAAGGCGGCGCUUUGCUUCUCCCCAUCCACGUGUGAGAGUGGAGGCAUCUGGGGGGCUGCCCCCUGGACUGCAGACGAGGAGCAGCUGGAGCAGCUGUCGCAGGCGGUGGUGCUGCAGUGCGGCGAGGUGGUGAAGCAGGCCGCCCUGCCCGUCAAGAAGCCCGUUCAGAAGCUCAGCCUCGCUCACAUCAAGGUGGGAAAGGAAGGCGCAUGCCAUGCAUGGGGUGAGCAGGAGGAGGUGGUGCGGUGCCAGCAGGCAGUGGAGGAGCUGAGGGGCAUGAUGGUAGAUAUGCAGAGCGACAUGCGUGUUCCGUGUCCCAUGUGUCCCGGUGUGUGCGAGCAGGAGGAGGUGGUGCGUGGCCACGAGACAGCGGAGGAGCUGAGGGGCAUGAUAGCGGACCUGCAGAGCGACAUGCGCUCCAUGAUGGCCCUGCUCGACCGCGCCCUCCCCUCCUUGCGCGCUCAGCCUCAGCUCCCCACUCCCCCCUCGGGAUCACCCCUGCCGGGGCAGCGGCCGCUGGUGCAGCCGUGCUUGCAAGUGUCACAAGUGGAAGAGGAGGGUGAGGGGCUGGGAGCGGUGGAGGCAAGUGAGAUGGGUGUGGGGGAAAGAGCCGUGGUGGAUGAGGGUGUGAGAAGCGGUUCUGGCCGGUUGAGUGGGAGAGUGGGCAGCAGCCGAUCCCCAUCGUCGAGACAAGUGUUGGGGAGACGGGUAGUGUUCCAAGACGAGGCAGUGGACGGCGGUGAGGGUGGUGCGAGCACGGAGGAUUCAUGGCAACAGCCGUUGAUAGUAAACCAAAGAGACGUUAAAGCAUUGCACAUGGUCUGGCUGGAACCUCAGGAGGACCGACCGAUGUACCUGCACCCGAGCCUAACAACAGGGCGCCUCCAGAGGCGGGAUGGUGAUCCCAUGUGGCUGGACCAUCGUGCCGCCGUGUCACCAGUUGUGCUAACCGGGAUGGUGGACAACAACGUCAAGACGCACAACUUAGAUUUCCUCGAUAUCGACGGCAGGUUCACGCCGCAAAAUCCGGAGCCCUUGUCACGUCUUGCGUCAAGCAAUUCGCUCAAUCCGUCCAUCCCCGUCGACCAAGACGAGGAGGGGCAAGGAUAUUGCGGGGAUGAGGCUUGCGUGGAGAUCCGCGCGGAGGGCGGAGCGGAGAGGUUGGCGGAGGAAGGGAGAGCUGGCGGAGAGUUCGCGGGGAGUGAGGGAGCGCGGGACAGCAGCGGCAACAGCAGCGGCAGCAGUCACGAGAGCGCGGCGGAUGACGAGAGGGGCAGGCGCGCAAGCAACACGAGCGCCGACUGCGGGAGUGGAACGGAUGGCGCGGAGGGCGGGGAGGGCGGAGAGGGGAAGGCGACCGCGGCGGGGGGUUCGCUGAAGCGCAGCUUGACGGAGGAUGCGACGGGGGAGACCAUGACGCGGAGCAUGGGCGCGGCAGGGUCGUUGAAGGGCCUCACAGGGGGGGCGAGCUUGUCGCGGUCGGCGAGAGACGUUCUGCAGGACGCGGAGAUGGACGAGAUGGAUGGAGAGGUGCUGCAAGGUGUGGCCUGGUUCAGAGCGGUGCUUCACUGCUGGGGCUGCGGGUUUGACACGCGCCCCCCGCGUCCACGCCUCUUCUCGCGUUUCUCUGCCGCACCGCCUCGCGCUCCGCGCCAUGCGCGCCGUUCGCCGUUGCCUCGCCGCUGCUCUCAGUCACCUCAAUUCCUCAAGACCCCCUUUCCCACUACCACCGCCCCACCCCACCCUCUCCCCCUCUUUCCCCACCUCCCCCCCUCCCCCCCCCCCCCCCCCCCUCUCCCGGUUGCGCGCGUGGCAGAGGCAUUCGUGCGCGUGGUGGCGCUGCAGCAGCGCGUGCAGCACUACCGCCACCUGGGCGGGUUCGUGGUGCUCAUGGCGCUCUUCAUCACCAUCCUCUACCUCCAGGCCGACUCCUCCCGCAGCUACGAAAUCACCGCCGCGCAUGCUGUGCUCUUCCCCCCCGUACGCUUCUCACCAACUUCCGCUCCUCCUCUCAUCCAUGUUCUGUCCCAUAUGCUUCCCACAACCCCCACCCCCCCAAGCCCCCUCCGCAGUUUAACCGCCGGAACAAUCCCCACUUCUCCACCGCGCAUGAGUUCUUGUGUGCAUCACCGCCGUGCCAUUGCCUACCACCUUUGCCGCCUCUCCACUCACUCGCCCCUUCCUCACCAUUCGCCCGGCUUGUGUCCCUCCUCGCCCCAAGAGCAGGGCAUGCGUCAGGACGCCUCCAACACAUUCAACGGACCAGAUGACUUCUACAGUUGGCUCAACACCAGCAUCGUGCAGCCUGGUCCGCCCAACUAUGGGGGCACCACAGCUCUCUCUUGCCCACAUCAACGCCCGCAGGUUUGUCGGAUUGUCCGCUCCUCCCUGUCGCUCCCCUCCUCCCUGUCGCUCCCCUCCUCCCUGUCGCUCCCCUCCUCCCUGUCGCUCCCCUCCUCCCUGUCGCUCCCCUCCUCCCUGUCGCUCCCCUCCUCACUGUCGCUCCCCUCCUCACUGCCGCUCCCCUCCCCCCGACCAUCCCGGCAGAGUCUUUGGACAGACCCCUCGUGUGGCACAGGCGAGUGCGAGCGCCCCUUCCAAUUCCCCGCGUUCGGUCGCUUUGGCUGUGAGGCGGACUGUGGCAAGUUCCCCAACCUUACCUCCAUUUUCAUCCGCCUCUCCUCUCAGCUCGACACACAGCAGGCUGCUGAUGAAUCUUCCUGGAACCUCUGCAUGGUCAACCCGGUCUCCCUCUGCUGGUACGAAACAUUCCAGCCGUUUCCUCUCGGCACGGCAGACGUGACAAUAGAUGUGGACAUUCCGGACGGCGACUGGGUGGUGGUGCUCAACGCGCCCGCGGGGGGCAUCCGCGGCACCGUGCACGCGCCCCCUCCCGGCACGCGCCGCUUCUCCGUCGUUGGCGCCGCCUCCUCCAUUGAGCUCGCCGCCUGGGGCUACUGUGAGCAUGAUGAUGACGUGGACGCAGCCAAUCAGACGCAGCCAGGUGGCGGCGUCAGUGGUUCUCCGCCUGACGUCUGCCGUGAUACAUGUGCAAGGCUGGCGCUCUGCCUGCCUGCAACCUGUGGGCGAGCAUUCACGGAGAGGGAGGUGGCAGGGGCGUUCGUGGACUGUGCGCGCAUGUGCAUCAUUGCACCCUCCUCCAUCACCACCUAUGCCAACUCUUCCUGUCCCAUGGUGCGCUUCCUGCCCCAUGAGAAACCUGCCGUGCUGCAUACAGCCACCUGCUCUGCCGCACCGGGCUACGUCACCCCUGCCCCCAUGGCCUUUCUCCUUGCUGCCCUCCUUUCUCUUCAUCUGCUCACUUCAGCCCUGUUCCUCUCUCCUGCCACACAACUCCCCCUCCGACGUCCCUCCAACGCCCCUCCCCUCCGCAUAUUCUCUCCAGCCAGGGAUCGCAUCGUUGUUUGUCAACACGCCAUGCAACGUCUCAGCAGCCGCCGCAAGGUGAGUGUCUUCCCACUUCUUGCCACCCCCUACGUGUGGUUCCCUUGUUGUCCCUCUCUCUGUGUGUUGUUUCCUCUUUGCAAAUGCGGAUCCCGACUGCUCGCCGUUACUCUCCCCUCCUCGCUUCUGUGCUUGCACCUCCAGUUGCACCUCCAGUUACCUCUCUUUCCUCUCCCCCACUCCCCCAAUCCGUGGUGCAUGGCUGGUUGCUCUCAGGCGCUCCACCGCUUCCGCCACUUUCACAGCUAUGGCCAUGGGCCUGCCUCUUCUGCCUCUGCCCCCACCAAGGCCUUCUCCUCCCUGCCCACUGGACGACUGACAGUGCUGCAGGUGGCGGUGUCGCGAGCCCUCUUCACCAUGGCCAAGGACAGGUGCCUGGCCGGCCACGGGCCGGGCUCCAAGCGAUCCCACACGCUGGGAGGGCCGGGCAGCGUGCGCUGGCAUGUGGUGGCCACCCUGUGCACCAUUCUGGGGGGGCCUGUGACGACCAUGGAUGAGUGCCGCAUGUAUGGUGCGGACGGGAAGCAGGUGAUGACGCUGGCAGACAUGUUUGCUUACCUCAAGUUCCGCCAUACCGGGCAUGUGAUCUCGGCGCAGCACAUGGUGCGGUGGGUGCAGACGGUGGCAGCGGCUGUGAGCUCAGUCACGCCCGUGCCGGAUGUGGCAGCGGCGCGCCUCAACACGCUCUUGCACUCCUUUAAUGAUGCUGUCGUCUCCUCCGAUGCUGUCGGCUGCUCUCAAGGCGGAGCGUGGCUGCAGUGGCGCGCGGGAGUGACGCACAACACGACCAUCCAUGUGGGCGACAAGGUCACCUGGGUGUGGGAUGACGACCUCCCACACUCCCUCAAAGAGAUAGACGAUGGGUCCGGUGUCUCCUUUGCGUACAGCAAGGUGUUUGAGGAGCCAAUCACCAUUCACUAUGAGGACGGCACUCUCUCCCUCGACGACUCCUCUUCCUCCUCCUCCUCGCCUUCUACCUCGUCUGCGUCUCUUCUCACUGUGCUGCCUGCACGAGCAGGAGCUGAGGUUGCUGGUGUUGCGAAUGCCACUGACACCAGCACACUCUCUAGCACUGCACGCGUCACCUCCACCAACACCACCACACCCUCCGCCUCCUCCUCCUCAGCAGCCUACGAGUGCUCGCCGAGGUGCCGACUGCAGCGGCUGGCGAACGGGGUGUGCGAUGCGGCGUGCAACACGCCCGCGUGCGCCUUUGACGGUGGCGACUGCGCGUGUGUCGACCCGCUCUUCGGCCCCGGCAUCUGCGCCUGCCCGCCCGGCCACACCCGCCGCGACGACGGCUCCUGUUGUCUGUCCACGGCGGUGGGAAGGGAUCUCAACUUCCCCUUCUCACUGCAGCGCUACGGCCCCAACUACACCGAGAGCAACUUAGCCUUUGCGGCUGAGAGGAGCAUUGCUGCCACACGCUACGUGUCACGCCGCAAUCGUCUGCUGGUCGGCAUGGUGCUGCAACAGGAGCGGCUGGGCACGCAGCAGUGCAGCGGACCGGGGCUGCUGCACCUGGCGGGGUGGUGCAGCAACGGCACGUCCACGGAGCCGUUUGGAGUGAACCCGCACUUCCUGCCCACGUCGGCCAUCUACGACAGCGCUGCCAGCGCCAACAUCACCCAGCUCGACAACAACACCUUCGGCUUCAAACUCAAGUUCAACCCGCAGGGCCUCCCCUACGGCUUCAUCUAUCCCACGGAGUCGCUGACCUCCUACCCUUUGGUGUUUGACAUUAAUCUUGAUAACGAAGCGGCCACAAGGCGUCUACAGUACCUGGUGGAUGGCAGCUACAUUGACAAUGGCACGCGCAGCAUUGACGUCAGCUUCAUCACCUUCAACGGCGAGACGCUCACGUUCGUGCUGACCACAGUGACCUGCACGCUGGACGCGGGCGGCAGCAUGGCAGUGAGCUUCAAGUCGCAGCCGGCAGCAAUGGCGAUGUACGAUGCAUCGGCGGACAACAUCGCACGGCUGGUGCUGGAGAUGGUGUAUCUUGUGGGGCUGCUCUGGAAUGUGGUGGUGCUGUGGCGGUACGUGGAAGCAUUUGACAUGCAGCCACGCUACGACAUCUACUACACGCUGCUCGAGAUGCCGCGCUACUGGGCCGUGCCCAACCCGCCCACGGGCUUCAUCAGCGCCACUCAGGCCUUCGCUGAUCUGCGCAACAUCAUCAACCUCCGCGCCGUCUACUUCGCCCUCCAAGGCAUCAAUGUCUUUUUUAUGAUGAUUCGUCUACUCAAGGUGAUGGACUUCCAGCCUUACCUCGGGGUCAUCACGCGCUCGCUCGCCCUCGCCACGCCCUCGCUGCUGCACUUCUUCCUGCUCUCCUUUACCGUCUUCUUCUGCUUCAGCAUGUACGGCUACCUCGUCUUCGGAGGCGCGCUCGAGCUGCAAACCUCCACAACACUCCCUCUCCCGCCUAUCCGUUUCCACCCUGUGCAGUUCUCCACAGUAUCGGAGUCUAUGUUCUCGUUGUUCCUGCUUCUCAUCAACGACAAUGGGUCGGCCUACUUCUUGCAGCGCCUCGAGUCAUGGAACCUCAUAGCCGCGAUGCUCUUCUUUCUCAUGUUCAUCGUGUUCAUGGUCUUCAUCCUCCUCAACUUCCUCAUCGCCAUCAUUGUUGAUGCCUUCAUGGAUGUCAAGGACAGCGACACCGUCGCCACCUCUAUAGCCGCUGACCUUGCUCACAUCAUCAAGUACAAGUGGAACUGCUGGCGCGGCCGCUACCUGCCGUACUGUGUCAUUCUCGACCGCCUUGUGGACUUAGGUGCCAAGGACACUAGAAUAAAAGACGAGAACCCUCGGAUACGCCGCUUCAAGGACAUCCAACGGCGGGUAGCCUCUAUGCUCUCGGGCAAGCGAGGCAGCGGCGACAAGCCGACGCCUUUUGCCCGGUCAGGCAACCACCCCGCCUUCCCGUCCGCCGUCAGCGACUCUCGGGUGCGGCGGCAGCACGUGCUGACAGUGAGGGAGAAGCGCAUCGACGCCAUCUCGCUCGCCAUGAUCCUGCAGCGUCGCCAGGACAGGGCGGCCAAGAAAGCCCGCCAAUCUGCUGCUGCCAUGUCAUCAAGUACGCCUCGCUUCUCCCCGUCCCGGUGUGAGAGUGGCACGCAGUGGGGGGCUGCCCCCUGGACCGCAGACGAGGAGCAGCUGGAGCAGCUAUCGCAGGCGGUGGUGCUGCAGUGCGGCGAGGUGAUGAAGCAGUCCGCCCUGCCCGUCAAGAAGCCCGUGCAGAAGCUCAGCCUUGCCCACGUGCAGGAGAAGGUGGUCCAAGUGCAGGAGGAUGUGAUGCGCAGCCACGAGACAGCGGAGGAGCUGAGGGGCAUGAUAGCGGACCUGCAGAGCGACAUGCGCUCCAUGAUGGCCCUGCUCGACCGCGCCCUCCCCUCCUUGCGCGCUCAGGCUCCGCUCCCCACUCCCUCCUCGGGACCACCGCUGCCAGGGUCGCGGUGGCCGGUGCAGCCAUGCCUGAAAGUGCCGCAAGGGGAAGAGGAGGGCGCGGGGCCGGGUGGGGAGGCGGGUGGGAUGGGCGUGGGGAAAGGAGCAGCGGCGGAUGCGGGUGUGCGAAGCGGUUCUGGCCGGUCGAAUGUGAGAGUGGGCUGCUUCCCAUCGCCAUCGUCGAGACGAGCGUCGCGGCGGGUUGUGUUUCAAGAUGAGGUGGAGGAGGGCGGUGAGGGUGGUGCAAGCGCGGAGGAGUCAUGGCAACAGCCGUUGAUCGAAAACUAA